UGCCAGUACCAACCGGCCGGUACUGCGUUCGUACUCGUASAUAGCAACACGGUAUCGUAGCACAGAAAGAAAAUCAACAAUGCGUUCUCCUGUGCUUCAUGAAAAUAGACAACCGGUAAAGCACCGUCACUAAACUUCAUCUCAUAUCUCAGUUCCAACUUGUAUCAGUUUCGGUUGCCUUCACCGAGCCUCCUACCGAUACAAACCUCCACCCUUGCCACUUUGUAAUAGUUCGAACUAUACGAGAUGGGAAUCAGCGCGAAGCUAAACAAUCCCCGACACAACGAGAAGACGAGCGACCUAUCGCAACUCUCGUCGUCUGCGACCAAGGGAAAUUACCAGAAGGUCGGUAGCAAUUCUCUAAAGAAAAUCAAAUUCCAUUCCAAGUCAUGCGAAGACGCCUUGAAGCAAGAGAGGGUUUUCCACAAGCUAGAUCCGAAGAACCCCCAACACGCUCACAAAAUCAAUCAGAGACGAAAGGCCAUCGCCAAGGGCAAGAACACGAUUGGAUAUGACAUCUACUGUCGCACCAUACCGAAAGACAAACGCCAGAAACGAUCAAUGAUUACCCCUUCCACUCCAGAUCACAAGUUGGAUAUACCGAAUAAAAAAUGGAAUGGCAUGGUGCGAUCUUGGUAUGUAUCAUAGAAACUCGUAUGUUCUUCUUUUCUUACAAAUCUGGCACGUUCUCGUCACUGCAUCAUUUUUCGCCUACUGAAAUCUCAUUGACASGAACAUUUUUUYCCCUUGCGUUCCGAACAUUUGUUCUCAUUGAUCUCCCAACGCGCAAUGAAUCAUUUCACAAAAGGCGUAUUGCAUUACACCGUUACGACCCAGUAGACUUGCGUGAGUCCUUUGCCGCGACCMAAGAAGUCCUGAAGGCAGAAAGCCAGGACGUUUCGCGGUCCACUCCUACCGGCGCAGAAAARCCGGCCAUGACGGUGAAAGAAAUGGAAAUUGCGAACUCCGGGCUUCAGAACCUUGUGCAAGUGACACCAAACAGCAAGGACAAAGAUAACUGCAAUUCGCCCUCACGACAGCUGGAGUUGUUUUCGCCCACUGUCUCCUCACCGAAAGAAAACAAUUSUCUUGGUACGUGGCAAGGAGGUCUUUUGUCAGAAUUGAAUCGGUGGGAGACAAAGAGRCAAGAAGAGGAAGAAGAAAUUGUGUUUUUCUCCGGGGGAGAGGAUGAUGACAAUGACAGCGAUGAUGAUUUACUUUAGUUACCGUACGUCCUCAGUGGAACACAAUCAAUAAGCUUUGUAAAACAUAGCGAAACGUAWUUUCUCUGUGGAUGAUCAACGAGUUGACAAAAGCUGUUACUAGCCAGUAUCGUUGAACAGAUUUACGGAAAGCCMAUGUUGUCACGGGUGUAAAAAUAGACCUCUGGUAGCUACAAUAAUAAUAAUAAUAAUAAGAAUAGCGUAAC